AUGGCGGAUGUGAAGAACUUCUAUGUGAGCUACAUCUAUGAUACUCACGAUGAGAUGGAAUGGUGGACUAUCUUCUUGUGCAAAGCUCACUAUGAGAUUAGCAAAAUGACGAAGAAGCUGAAGCGGAGAUACAGCACGAGGAAACAUGCAACGACGGGUUCAAGUGAAUGGGCGAGGCUCAAUGUGGUUGAUCGGUCAUCGGCUGAAUUCAACAAGAACUUUGAGUCGUUGGAGUAUGCCGAUUGUGAUACCCCACAAUCCUCUCCUGAUACCAUGCCUCCUUCUGAUAUGGAUCAGAUGCGUUUGUCCAGAGCCGGGAUGGGCAUCUACAUGGAUUCGGACAUCCCCUUGUCAAACGGUCAGUCGUUGCGUGAUGCAGUUGACAACGGAUGGAAAGAGGCUGAUGAAGUGGCUUCACCAAGUGGCUAUGUGAACUCAGCCCCAUCGGAUGACGAGCCAUCCGAAACCGAAUCAAUGCGCCAAGAGUUGCUCAUGCAAGAGAUUGUGGAUGUCUUACCGCUACCCCAUCGUGCAGAUGGUUAUGACUUCUUCCACGCCAAUAUCUCCAUCCUUGACAUGCAGGGCUUGGAGGAGGUACUACCACAGUUUGAGGAAGCUUCCCGAGAGGCGCAGAAGAUGGUUACCGCUAUCAAACUGCAGAUUCGGAGGCUUGACGAGGAGCAGAUGGCAAACAUCACGCCACCUACGCCCGAGCCCGAGCCGAUUGAGAACACCGUCAGGUCAGUCUUCUUCACCUUCGCUGGACGGCGCUACGAGGUGGACCUUGAGGACGUGAAGACACUCGCGAGUCUUCGUGGUAAGAUCGGCAACAUCUUGAACGUCGCUCCGAAGGACAUCCGCAUCUUCACGGGCAACGACGAGAUCACCAGAAGCGGGGGCACGUUCUGUAAGACUGUGGGCAUCGUCGCCAACAGCGAGUUUCGUGUGGAAGUCCGCGGUCGUGGAGGUGCUCGUGGCACAAAGGCGACGGUCAAGGACAGAGCCAACAAGCAUAAGACGAACCUCGGCAACAUCGCGCAGGGUAUUGACCGGUCUACCUUGUCUGGUGUUGGUGGUAUGGACGGGUUGGAGGCUCGUCUCGACGCUUUCGUGGUGAGCGUGGAGGCGGACGCGGAACAGGCGAUCCUUCAGCACUGUGCCAACAUGAGCCCCGACACCAUCAACCUCAUGUAUGACAUGGCUUUUGGCAAAGGUGGCACCAACGAGGGCAGGAUUGACGACAUCUCCCUUCACUUCUUCGGGCUGGGCAGUAUGAAGGCUACGCGCGACAACAUUGACAAGGUUCUUGAUCUUGCAGGAUCGGCUCUCAACCUUGCUGUUGCCAACCUCGGCGCUACCGGAUUGGUGGGCUUCAAGAAAGUCAUGGAGCGGGUGAAGUUCAUCAAGAUGGGUCAGGCAUUGGGUGGAGAAACGACGAGAAGCACAUCAUCAAUCCUCGGUGUCUACCAUACCGCCGUGAACACGCUGAUCCACCUCUACCUCUGCCAGUGCCUUGGUUAA